GCCAGGCCCGCCCGUUGCCAUGGCAGCCGCGGCGCAUUGUGGGCCGCGCCGGUCACGUGGCGCGCCGGUCACGUGGCGUCGCCCAGGUGACGGCGGAGCCAUGGCGGAGGAGGAGCGGGCCCUGCUGGGCCCCGACGGCGGCGAUGGCGGCUCCGCGGGCUCCCCGCGCGCCCUGCCCGCCGUGUGCGACCCGAGCCGCCUCCCGCACCGCCUGCUCGUCCUCGCGCUCAUGUGUUUCCUCGGCUUCGGCAGCUGCUUCUGCUACGACAACCCGGCCGCGCUCCAGACGCAGGUUCAGGGGGAUAUGAAGGUGAACACAGCACGGUUCAUGGCACUCUAUGCCUGGUAUUCCUGGCCCAAUGUGGUUCUUUGCUUCUUUGGAGGUUUUCUAAUAGACAGAGUCUUUGGAAUACGGUUGGGCACUGUAAUAUUCAGCAUCUUUGUUUGCGUUGGGCAGGUGAUUUUUGCCUUGGGAGCACUACUUAAUGCUUUCUGGCUGAUGGAAGUGGGCAGAUUUAUAUUUGGAAUAGGUGGCGAAUCCUUAGCAGUGGCACAAAACACGUAUGCAGUCAGCUGGUUUAAAGGCAAGGAGUUAAAUCUUGUGUUUGGAUUACAACUGAGCAUGGCCAGAAUUGGAAGCACAGUGAACAUGAAUAUCAUGGGAUGGAUAUACUCACGAGUUCAAGAUCUUCUGAAGCAUACUGGUCACACUACUCUUGGAUUAGCUCUCCUGAUAGGUGGCAUAACAUGUCUCUUCUCACUGGCCUGUGCCCUAAUCCUUGCUUAUCUGGACAAGAGAGCAGAGAAGCUCCUUUGUAAAGAGCAGGGAAAAACAGGUGAAGUGAUCAAGCUGACCGAUGUGAAGAACUUCUCUUUGUCGUUGUGGCUUAUAUUUGUAAUAUGUGUCUGCUAUUAUGCAGCGGUCUUUCCUUUCAUUGGACUUGGAAAGGUCUUCUUCAUUGAAAAAUUCCAAUUCUCAUCUCAAGAAGCAAGUGCAAUUAACAGUGUUGUGUACAUUAUAUCGGCACCCAUGUCCCCUAUCUUUGGAAUCCUGGUGGAUAAAAUUGGAAAGAAUAUCAUCUGGGUUUUAUGUGCUGUAGUAACGACGCUUGCUUCUCAUAUUAUGUUGGCUUUCACUUUCUGGAACCCCUGGAUUGCAAUGUGCUUACUAGGAGUUGCAUACUCCUUGCUUGCCUGUGCCCUGUGGCCCAUGGUGGCCUUUGUUGUUCCAGAACAUCAGCUGGGAACUGCUUAUGGCUUUAUGCAGUCUAUCCAGAAUCUUGGUCUGGCAGUUAUUUCUAUAGCAGCUGGGAUGAUUCUGGACACAAGAGGAUACCUGUUUCUUGAAGUCUUCUUCAGUGCUUGUGUUUCCUUGUCACUGGUAGCUGUAGUCAUGCUGUAUUUUGUGAAUCACCUAACAGGUGGUGAUCUUAACUGGUCGGCAAAGAAAAGAGAAAAACUGCAAAAAGUAGCUGCAAAUGAAGCAGAAGAACAAGAGAGGCUCAGACGUCAAAAUGAAGAUGACUUGGCUAAAUUACAGCCAAAAGAUGAUGACUUUAGCUUAAGGAAUAAAUACCUCUCCAGACUAGGCGCUCAGCUACCAGAUAAUUACUCUUCCUAUUUAUCGACAAUGGCACACAGAAGCAUGUUGAAAUAGCAUCUUGCCCCACUUGCAAGAGCAGAAAUACGCUGAUGUUCCUGUACACAAAACUUUAUUUCCAGUACUGAGAACUGUUGCAGUGAAGGCAGAACGAUACGCCAUGUUUUUCUGCAAGCAUAGAUCUCAUUUUAAAAGUAUGUGGCUUAAGUUCCUUUCUGCACCUUGAGGUAAAUAACACACAUACUGAGGAAGAAUCGUCUGGCUGUUCACUUGAACACAUGAACUACAUGCUAAACCAUCCUUAAGUCUUCAGUGAGUAGCUCAAACCAAUAGCAAAGACCUGAUUUCUUAGUGUGCAACCAUGGCUGUAAUGUAGAAGCUUUCCUAUAGUAAUCAUGUUGCUGUGAAAUGAGUUGUGGUGUAAGCAUGGAAUAUUUAGCCUCUCAAGUUGGACAACUUUAUUGCCAUAUUGCAAACAGUCUGUUUCAUUCUUCUUAUAGAAAAUGUGAGAAAGGCUGCCUCUUCUAUUUUGGCUCAAGUCAAUAUUUCUGAGGAAGUAAGUUAUGCACUUCUAAUGCUACCCUUCAAAAAGUACAAGCCCUGGAACUUAAUACUAGAUCAUAGGCUUAGCAGUAACCUCAUGUAAGUCAGGAUUAAUGUGAAAUUUGAUCUAUGUAAGAGACUGCAACUAAAAAACAUGGGAAGAGUUAAAUGUAAGAACUGAGUUCUGGCACUCUGGAAAAAGUGGUUGCAUUUCAUUGCGAAGGUUACACUCUCUCUAUAAUUGCUGUGGAAAGCUUGUUCCUGAGCAGAGCUAAUUCCCACUAAACUCCUGCAGAGUGCAUUUUCAGUAUUGUUUUCUUUUUGUUAACCAUGAAGCCUCACUUAUGUAUUUAGACAUAAGUUCCUAAGCACUAAUCCUCCUUUAAAGGCAGGAGCAUCUGGCCUUCUCAAGCACAGGUUGCACUGAGCAAGGAGCUGCUGUAGGAGCAGAGCACCAGGUGCACAGGGGUGAGUGAGCUCUUGUUGGCUGACUUCAGGGAGUUCUGUGUGUCAUGGUGCUCAGCAGAGUUCUGCAGGUUGGUUGACUGCAGAGAAAGUAUUUUAUUAUAAUAAAAAUGUUACGUUAUAUCCA